UGUACCGAGUACGGCAACACUUCAUUUAUAUAAAAAAACAUCGCUGUAGUGUGCUGUGUCAACCGUAACAUUCGUAAACGCCCUGCAACUUACAAAUAAAUAACAAAACAAUAACUAUGAGAAUUAACUGACCGAAGUAACUUAUUUCUUUUUAGUUUUAUUGUUAAAUAAUUUUUGUGUGAGAAUGUCUGUGAGUGCCAGUGCUGAGAAUCUUUCAACGGACGCUCAGAGUUGCGAUGGAGGCUCAAUGUGUUUGGAGCUCGCAUUGGAAGGCGAGAGGUUAUGUAAAGCUGGUGACUGCCGCGCAGGGGUGGCGUUCUUCCAGGCGGCGAUACAAGCCGGCACAGACGACCUGCGCACGCUCAGCGCGAUUUACAGCCAGUUGGGCAACGCGUAUUUCUAUUUAGGAGAUUAUAAUAAGGCCAUGCUGUAUCAUAAGCAUGACCUGACGUUAGCUAGGUCAAUGAAUGAUAAAUUAGGUGAAGCAAAAGCGUCCGGCAAUCUGGGUAACACAUUAAAAGUAAUGGGAAAGUUUGCGGAAGCGAUACAGUGUUGCAAACGGCACCUAGAGAUCUCCAGGUCUCUAGGCGACAGGCUCAGCGAGGGCCGAGCGCUGUACAACCUGGGCAACGUGUACCACGCGCAGGGCAAGCACUUGGGUCGGGUGGGACAGAACGACCCGGGACACUUCCCACAAGAGGUGCGGGAGUGUCUCUUACAAGCUGUUGCGUAUUAUGAACAAAACCUGGAGCUGAUGCGCAGCGUGGGCGACCGGCAGGCGAUGGGGCGCGCGUGCGGCAACCUGGGCAACACGUGCUACUUGCUGGGCGACUUCGCGCGCGCCAUCCGCUACCACCGCGAGCGGCUGCGUAUCGCGCAGGAGGUGGGCGACCGCGCCGCCGAGCGCCGCGCCAACAGCAACCUCGGCAACUCGCACAUCUUCCUCGGCCAGUUCGAGAACGCGGCCGAGCACUACAAACGCACCCUGGCGCUGGCCGAGGAGCUGGGCGACGCGGCGGUGGAAGCGCAGGCGUGCUACUCGCUGGGCAACACGUACACGCUGCUGCGCGAGUACCGCGCGGCCGAGGAGUACCACGCGCGGCACCUGGCGGCGGCGCGCGGCCUGCGCGACCGCGUGGGCGAGGGCCGCGCCUGCUGGUCGCUCGGCAACGCGCACGCCGCGCUCGGCAACCACGAGAAGGCGCUCUACUAUGCCAAGGAGCAUUAUAACAUAUCCAAGGAGCUGGGCGACGUGUUGGGCAUGGCAACAGCGCAGAUGAACAUCGGCGACCUGUGCAAGGUGCUGGGUCUGCCGGUGGAGGCCGCGGCGGCCGGCCCCGCGCCCGCCCCCGCACCGCCCCGCACGCCCUUCAGCGCGCUGCGUGUGCGCAGGCAGAGCAUGGAGCAGCUCUCGCUCAUACAGAUAACGCCGGACGCGAAAAAGAAAGAAGCGGAAAAGCGUGACGGCGACGCGAGCGAAGCGAACGCGGAGCUGACGCGAGGCGAGUCCGAGGAGGGGGAGCAGCCCGCAGACGUGUUCAUGGAGCUGGUGGCGCGCUGUCAGUCGCAGCGUAUGGACGAGCAGCGGGCCGAGCUGGACAAGGAGAACCGGGCGAGGGAUAACAAGAAAUCGGAAGCGAUGACCGACAUGCUCAGCCUGAUUUCGGAGCUGCAGUCGGAGCGCAUGGACGAGCAGCGCGCGGAGCUGCGGCCGCUGAAGAAGGGCAAGGAGGCGAAGGGCGCGUCGCUGCCCGGCCUGCGCCCGCUGCAGACCACCAGCACCAAGCCCGAGGACGACUUCCUCGACAUGAUCGCGCGCGUGCAGGGCUCGCGCCUGGAGGACCAGCGCUCGGAGCUGCCGCGCGCGCGGCCGACGGAGCCGCCCGAGCCGGACGACGACUUCUUCGCACAACUCAUGAAGGCGCAGUCGGGCCGACUCGACGACCAGCGGGCCACGAUCCCGCUGCAGGACAGGCAGAACAAGGCUGCGUCGGGCUCCAAGAAGUAAGCGGAGAGCGCGACCAGUUCCAUAUUAUUUGCACGUUAGCUUUGCGUUCGACCCCCACACCCCGGACCCCCCGGACCCCCGGACCCCCCGGCCCCCGCCCGCCGACGUUAACACAAUUUCCCGUAUUUUUGAUCUGCCCUACAAAUAUUUUGCUUUUUUUCGAUCCAACCCAGUCAUUCGUUGCAAUCUAUCCGUUGAUAACGGUUACAUUUCAGUUUUUCCGUACAAAAUGUCAUCUGUUCAUUUUGAUAGUUUUUAUAGGUUUGUCAAAUUAAGAAAAUACAAAAUUCUACUUUUUUAUAUUCUUAUUUAAAUAAUGUGUUAAUUAUGAUACUAACUGUAAUUUAGUUAUGUUAAAUGCAGAUCGGUGUUUAUCCCUAAUUUUAAGAUAUAUUAUUUAAUGAAAGAAAACCCUUUUAUUGGUGUCUAUUUUAAUCUGUGUUAAUUAAUUGCGUCACACUGCUCUCGAAUAUUCACUAAACUUUGCAUUUUAACAUUCCGUUGCAAGUUUAAGCCAUCUGUUGUAUUUACUUUAAGAUAUUUGCUUUUAGACUGACUUUAUAGACUUUUUGGAAGUUAAACUCGGCCUAAUUCAAUUACACUGACUUAUUUUAUAAAAUUAAAUGAAUAUAUCAAUAGUUAUUAUACGUUUAAUAUGUUUUUGAUUGUUCGAAACGCACCCGCACUGAACGGACAAUAGAAUAUACGAGAUUACUUUUAAUUAAAAGCAAUUAAUUAUCAUUUCACAAAAGGCUGAAUGGAUUAUUACGUGGAAUUAUUUUUAUUGUGUAUGAUUUUUUUUAUUGUAUUUAUUAGCUUAGGAUUUGUUUGGACUAAAGUCUGCGACGCGACUCCGCACGUAUUUACUCAACUUAAAAUAAUUGGGCAAACCAAAAUAACGACCGACAAAAGAACUUUUCAUUAUUAUAAUACCUAACAUGUAAUAUUAUAAAGGAAUAUACUUUGGAAAUUUAACCAGCAAAAUUGAAAUUAAAUUGAUGAUGUGACACAUCACCCAAGUGAUCUGAUUUAUAUUCGGCGCUCCUUGACUCAGUUAACUAAAGUGAAGUCUGAAUACAAUUAAUUUAGCUUUAAUUAGGUAAGACAAUUUUAACUGUAUAUAUUUUUUGUCAGCGAUUGUCUAAUCGCCGUCUAUUUGUGCCAAAAAGAAGUAUUAAUAAAUAUUCAUGAAUUAUAUAAAACUUUAUAUUAAUAUUUAACUACUAGACUGCAAAAAAUGAUGCCGAUGUACAUUCAUGCAUUUUUUGUGCAUUUCUGUCGAUUGGCAUGAAUAUUUUAAAAUUAUGAACAAGCAUCGUUCAUUUGGAGUACCUUGUUAAUAGCAUAUAUUAUAAACUCAAUACCUUUAUUAUUCUUACUUGGAUAGAAAAGUUACUGAGUUAAAAUAUUAGAUAAUCUCGUAAUCUCAAAUGUUGUUCCCACCUUAAAACUGGAGGGACAUUCCACGCGAAGCGGGCAGAUUUCAGUUUUAUUUUAGUACCUACGUUGUUUGCUCGGUAUACAUACGAAAUAUUUUUGCAUUGCUUAGCUUUCAAAAUACAGGCUUUUCGAAGAUUUCAGUAACCGCAUCAGUCCAUGAAACGUUAUUUCUAAAAACAAUGAUGAACGAAUGGUAUACAUACCCCACUCAUAACCUUUUUACCCUCAUAUUUCGAAUCUGGAAUUAAUUUUUAAGUCCUAAGGCAAAAUGUAAAAUGAUUUUUUUUCUUCGUCUCUUUUUACAAACUUAGCAUAUUUUUAAGUUUUGUUCGAUCAUAAAAUAAAUGGCGAAUGCUGUGCUUAAACUUCAUGCCAAGUUCUCAAGUGAGAUUCGCAGUAGUUUGGGCGCUACAAGUACAUAUUAUAAUGACGAAGCGCUGCAAUAUCGCCUGGAUUUUUUUUUCAAUUAUUUAUAAAUUUUAAAAGUAAAGUGGUGUUAUUUUCCUCUAUUAAUUUUAAUAUACAUAUUUCUUAAUAAAACAUUAUUUAAUAUAUUGCUUGCAAUUUACCAUUAUCAAAGCCAAAGAAGCCUUGAAAGUGUUCACUGCUAUUUAUAUAAAUGUUCGUCAUUAUAAUACUUGCAGCACUCUAAAACUCGACAUGAAGUUCGAACAUAAUAUGAGCCAUUUAUUUCUGAUAUUAACAAAUUUAAAAAAUAUACAAAACUUGUAAAUAAUGUCAAAGAUUUCUUAGGAUUUUUAAUAAUAAAUACGAAAUUUGAAAUAUGAUGGUAAAAAGCUUAUUAUAUAGGGUAUGUAUUGUUAUAUUAUUCAGUCAUCAAUUUACUUAAAAAUUACUUUUCUUGAACUGAUAAUGACAUUUAAAGUCGUUCAUGCCUCACGUUUACUGAAAUCUUCAAAAACCUGUAUUUUGAAAGCUUCUAAAUGCAAAAAUAUAUCGUAAAUAUACCGAGGAUAUUAAUAUAUCCUAUAUAUAUUUACAGGCAUAACAUGCUUGCUAAAAUAUAAGAGGAAUCGGAAACCGGACCUGAAAUCUGUGCCCCUUGGCGUGGUAUGCCCCUAUAAUAAAAUGCUUUAGUAACACCAGUAUUUACGUGCCGGAUCGCUGCUGCAGACGUUUACAUUUAUGAUAAGUUUGUGUCGAUUGAAUGUACUCAUUAUUUAUAUUCGCUAGCUUUAAGUUACCGCUAUUCAUUUAUAUCUUACGGUGCUGCUGAAACUGGAAACGGCCGAUAAAUAUCUUCAUAUACAUUUAUAGUUUAUUUAUAAGUCGCUGUGUAGACAGAGCACAUAUUUUUAAAAAGGAAUCGUUUACGAAAAGAGCGCGGUUCAAAUCAGUAAAUAAAAAUUGUGACCUUAAAUUUCCCGCGCUCUUUCAAAAUUAGAAAAUAUAUAUAUAUUUUUAUGGCUUUGCAAACUAAUAAUGUGUUGAAAAAGAAAUUAGGUUUCUCAGAUUGCCAAAUUUUAUAAUAUUUAAUAUUAGGCAUUAUUAUUGACGGUUACAAUUAUUGUGUGUUGUCGUAUUGUUAUUUUAUUCAACAUUGUUACAGUUUCGACUUAGCUAGACUAAAUUAAUUAUAUUGUAAUAUAUUUAUCUAUCUCUAUUAAAAAUAUAAAUAUUAUUGUAUUUCGUGUUCGGCCUUUUUUCAUGCCUCGGUUCUUUUUUGGUAUAAAUCUAUUUAAAUGUUUAGUUAAACUAUGAGUGAUGGUUCUAUUUCGUAGUUCGUACAAAUGUCCUAGCUCUUUAUGAAUUGUUUAACACCUGCUUCUUAUUAAAUUAAUUUACACCCC